AUGCUUGAUUUUUCAUAUGAUUUUUCUGACCUAUUCCUUGAAAAUUAUGAAAAAGAUAAUAGAAUCCAAAUAGAAAAUGAAUGUAUGGUGAAAAAUCAUCAGAAAGAAAAUAAUAAUGAAAUUCAAAUGGAAGUGAAAGAUUAUUCAGAAGAUUAUUGCAGCAAAGAAUAUGAUGAUGACAGCGAGUAUGAAAAAGAAGAAGAUGGAUUAUUAAAGUUAAAUAAAGGAAUGAAAUUUGAAACAUAG